ACAUUUAAACAGAUCAUAGCCAAAUGUCAAAUUUGAGCAAAUUUCGCCGCCAUCUUUUCGGCGUGUAUUUAUAAAACUGUUGAUUUGUCUACAUAAUUUCGUAAUUUCAUUGAAUUAUCCCUAAUUUGUGUGAUUCUACUGUAGUUACUAUAAGCUAAAUUAGUACGCUGGCAAAAUGUAUUCUCUCGUGGGCUACGGAAGUGAUGAUGACGUAGAAACAGAACGAAGCGCUCCUCAACAAUCCACGGUGGCAGCGGGCAGCCGUCGCCGGGAAGAUGAUACGAACUACGAUGACGUCAACAUGGACAUGAGUGAGGACUCGCAGGGUGGGGAGUCGGAGCCCGAGCUGCCCCCAGUCGAGCCACGCUCAUCGACGAACUCCAAAAGGGAAGAAAGACACAGUUCAAAUGAGAGUCGCGAACGCGCGCGCUCCCGAGACAAGGACAGGGAGCGCGGGAGGGACAGAGACAGGGAGAGGGCGCGGCGCGACGGGCGGGGGGAGCGCGGGAGGGACAGAUCAGAGAGAGACCGCCGACGCAGCCGCGACAGCUCGUCGAGGCGAGGCCUGCUGGGAGACAAGCCCGACGACAGUAAGGUGCCAGCCUUGAUGGACCUGAAGCCGUUUGGCGGCACGUCGCCCCCGGGACACGACCUCAAGAGGUCGCACGACGCCAGGGACGCCGCCUCGCCCCGGUUCGUUGACCGCGACCGCCGCGACAAGGACCGCGAGAGGGAGAGGGAGAGAGAGAGGGACAGGCACAGCCGGAGGUCCGAGGAGAAGAGGUCGUCGAGCGCGCGCCACCCGGAGCGGCGGGAGCGCUCGCGGUCGCGCGGCCCCGCCUCCUCGCACGCCCCCAGUAAUAGUUCGAGUGAAAGACGAGAGUCCGUGUCAAUUCCACCUCCAAACGAGUUCAGGUCUACAUCUUACAAAGUCAAUAAGAAACUUGAAGUUAUGGAGAAAAUGGGUCUACAGAUCAAGCGCCCCGACGGCACGAUGGCGACGGCGCGCGAGCUGCGAGCCGGUCUGCCAGCCGACACGCAGGCCUCCAGGGUGCUCGACCAGGUAACCGUGACCCCGGUACAAAAACGCAAGCUCCUCUGGGCAAACAAGAGUAAGGCGGACACGGCAGAGGCGACCAAGUGGACGGGCACCAGGUUCGCGCAGGACGCAGACGGCAAACAAGUCUCCAAGUUCAUGAGGCUCAUGGGCAUCAAGGAACCUGCUGCGGCUCCACCGCCAGCAGCCCCGAGCAAGGAAGUGGACCCCAUCAAGAAACAGGAGGAACUGUUCCAAGCCAUGCAAGCGCAGUACGAGGUGGCCCGCGCCACCACGCACACCAUGAGAGGAGUCGGGCUUGGCUUCCAGAGGGGACAAUUCUGAACUGUUACUAAAAAAGUUAAAUGUGGAGUUGGUGUCUGUUCCGAAUGAUGUGAUCGCUGUCUCCGCGCAAUUAGGGUCCUCGGCUGUGAGGUUCCCAGAGACCGGUGCAGUCGGAUCUUACAUAGCAAGUGGCAUUGAUGUUUGUGAAGUGAUAAAUCUACAACGUUAGUGUUGUGCUAUCAGUUUGUGUUAAUUCUGCGGUGUUAAUAUAACUAUUGGAUCCUCUCUGCAUAUCGACAGAAGAAUCAUUGAAUAAAAUCAACGAAUUCUACAUAUGAAACAAGGCUUCCAACGGACACGAUGCUGUUAGUAUUGUAUAUAUACCAAAUGUGGAUUUUUAAGGAUAGUUAUAAUGGAUAGUUUUUGUUUUUUUGUUUUUUUUUUUUAUAAUAUUACUAUGUAGAAGAUUGUAAAAUCAAUUUUCGUUAUGAUUUAUAAAGCUGUGAAUGUAAUAAGUCGACAUUUUCAAGUAAUAACAUUGUGAUUCAGCCUUUUCUAAAUACAUAUAAUUUACAACAUUAUUCCUUGCAUGUGUCGAUGUUAAUAUUAAGCGUCAUAGGGCUCGCUCAUGCAGUAAUUUCAACACAAACAAUUUUAGAACUAGAUAUAUGAAUAAUAAAAUUAACGCAUUGACUGUCGUGUGGGUCACCGGUGCCCUACGGAGCGCAUUGAAGUAAUUAUGUCGAUUUCUGUUACUGAGGCGCCUGGACUGCCUAACUUUGGCUACUUUAGAUUUUGUUAAUGUAUGUUUUAGUAUUUUAGGUCUUAGAAAUGGAUUCAAUCUCAAUACCUUCGGAUUCGUGUUUUCCAGAGUUUACUAGAUAUUCUGAUGGGGUCUGGUGACCUAUAUGGCUGUCAAAGGAUUAAAUAAUAUAUAUAAUGUAGUGAUAAUUAUUUUUGUUAUAAUUUAGAAUUUUGUAAAUCUGUCUGAUCUUAAGGUAAUGGAAGGCCAGUUACGAGGCCUUUUAGACCACGUUGCUUAGAUAAUACGGUCUUUAAAAAACUCAAGCUCGCAAAUGUCGCAGGAACCGCAGUGCUGGCAUUCAUUGCAAAGCUUUCCAAGCCACACAUGUCCUAAGCUCUUAUCACGAUUAUUUGUUCAAUGAAAUCUGAACGGUCUUAUUCUUGCUCACCGCACGACAUCAGACUGUGAGACGAUAAGCGUGGUCAAGUCCAGGCGAUUGGCUCCAGAGCAUACUUAUUUUGCAUUUAGUGCAUGGGCAGACUUGACACCGCAUGGUCUACUGAUUUGUCUGUGUGCAGAGAUUGUUCAAUUGACACUACUAAAUGUGUCAAUAGAUAAUUAAACUGUCGAUUAAUUCUUUACCUAAGAGACAUUAGGUCGGAUAUUCACAAUAUCAAAUUGGUAUUAGUUAUAGAUAUGAGACCGUUUGUAGGACAACGUUUCUUCAAAGAAUUCAUCUAGAAAAUUGUAGGUUAGAGGUAGAUUCGACCUCACGUGUCUCACGGCAGGACUGGAACUCCACGUUCAGUGCUGAGCCCAGGACAUCGCUGAGCAAGUUCUGACCCGGGCAAUCAAUCUAGUUACACAAAACAUUUGUAACGGUUCAAAUGUCAGAUUUCGUUUGGUAAAUCGAACAUUUAAUGCGGGCAACAUUUGAAAUUGCAACACAAGAUUGCCAAUGUAAUGAAUAUAUUUCUAUUUGUGGUAAAUUUUGAAGACACUGAUGGCGUCGAAAAUGUUUUUAAUAUUUAAAAAAAAAACUGUAAAUAAUGAUUGUAGUGUUACAUUAAAAAUGUAUUAUAUUAAUAAAAGAGAUAUUUUGAUUAAAAAGUAGAUAGAAAUAUCUUUGAAAAUAAUUGUAGAUUAAUGUUAUAGUUUACACGUGUCAAGUAUAUAUAUUUAACUCUGAAAAUUAGUCGCUUUAUUGACUUAUGUGAAAUUUGAGCUCGAAACCAGUUUUUUUUUUUAACAUUAAACUAUUUUAGUAUGGGUUGAUUGGUUUCAUAACACACCUCCCCGAAGGUCAUGGGUUCAAGAUCAGAGUACGAAUAUUAAUUUUUUUUUUUCUUCAUUUCUCUUCAACUAUUGAGGUACGCCAUGCGUUACGGCUUAUUAUUCAAAUUAACCCACUCCAAUACCCGAGAGAUUUACGCCUUUAAAUAUUUUCCCGUUGUAAGGUAAAGGUUCUCAGAGCGGUCGACGAGGGUAGUUGCUUACUGACGCAAAACAAAAGACUGCCGAUAGAAAAUACAUACUCUUCCUGAUAAUGUACACAGCAGGCAAUGUAAUACAAAAUGAGAUCUGUCAUGUGCGUCUGUCGGUUACUCACCGUCAGAAGAGUGGCGCUUGUAGGAGUUCACUUCGCUUUAGCUUGCGGGUUCAGUUUCAAAAACAGCAUAUAUACAAGUUCCGAAAAACACUGGGACCGUCGGUCUACCGAGCAAUAUUUAACCAGCUCGGUGGAAGAUCUUCCUUUCGUCUUUUAAGCCUUCCACCGGUUCAUCAAUAAACCUUUUGGAAAUGAUAGAUUGAAUGUGUCAUUUGUUUGGACUUCACGACCUUUCCUUGUACAUGGCGCCGUAUGUACCGCCCCUGAAGGGUAGUAUAUUGUACGAAAUGCAAAGUAUUGUAAUAUUAAUUCUAGACGAACGGAGAAAGUCUAGGAUCUUUGUCUAUGUUCCUAAAUCUAGGUUUAUGUGGAAAAUGUAUUCCGUUCUCAGAUGCACUUGUAAAUUUGUUUUGUUUAAUUUGUGAAUAAAUGAUUUAAAAUUAUAA